AUGUCAAACUCAAUACUAGGUCAUGUCGGUGUUGGUCGCACUAUUCGAAGAUUCUCUAGAAUUUUCUAUGGUCCAGGUUUAUACAAGCAUCCCAAUUCUGCUGUUCAUCACUUUGAUUCCCCUUUAGUCGUAAAGCUCACGUUCUUAGCACAGCAUGAUCUUUUGGUGUCAAGCCUGUUACUCUCGAUGGUUACCAUUUUUCAAUCUAAAGAGAUUCAUUUCUCGCGCUCACAGCUUAAUUCAACUGGAGAAUCCUUUCGCUGCCAGGCUGGAAAUUUCAUAGAUCGAGUCCUCGUCAAGUUUCCGGUGUUAUCAAGCGUUGUUUCUUCUGGUUGCUUAAUAGGGCUGUCUCAUUUUGCUCGUAGUCCGUUCCUUGUUGUCAAGUCCAUUGGUGCGAAUCGUUUUGCUCUCUUAGACCAUGUCUUCUAA